UAUUGGUCACCCUGUCGUGACAAAACAAUCCAAACUCCAUCCAGAUCAUCAUCCAUUUCGAUAUCAUUUCAGGCAGGCAGUCAGUCAGUUAGGAAGGCGUCGAAGCCCAUGGCCGAUCGAGGCGAUACAGGCAAGAGGCGUGGCGAUAAUAGAGAUCGUCGGGGUGGUGUAGGCCGAGCUAGACACAAUGGCGAGUCUCACAGCCGUCCGACGGGCGGGUUUCGAGGAGGGCGUGGCGGACGGGAUCGAUUUCGAGAUCGACGGGAUCAUUCGAAUUCCAAUGAAGAUACCCCCAGACCGGUGAUUGUGGCGCAAAAUCCGGAUCGACAACGGGAGCAGCACAAUGUCGAUUUCCCCACAUUGGAGCAGACCGUUACCCGCCCCUCGGUCACGCCCAUUAAGACGCUGAGUCCCGAAUCGGAGACACCUACCACUGACAUACGACCCACUGUCGAUUCGUUGGCGGGCGUGGCGGAAUCGUUGGAACGCGUCCGAAUCACACCGGCCACAGCAGUGCGAUCGGCCACGCCCAAUGAUGAUUUUCAAACGGCUCCGCCCCCGGCGAAUCGCUCCACUUCCGAGUCAUCGGGGUCGUCCCUCAUACCGGAAAAGAGUCUCAAGUUCGUGGACGAUGGGCAUCAAGUGACGGACUCUCUAUUAGCAUACUUGACGGACAAUCCGGAUUUCUUAGUCAUUGGGAUCGUGGGCGCUCAGGGGGCGGGCAAGUCGACGCUGUUGAACCACCUCUGUCGGGGUCGUCCGACUAGCACGACCAAUCUAUUUCGGGUUCAGGGGUUUGAGAAGCAAAUGCUCUCGGAGCAUUGCACCACGGGGAUCAAUGUCUGGGUCAGUCCUGAACGCGUGAUCUAUCUGGAUUGUCAGCCUCUUCUCUCGGCCUCCGUCCUGGACCGAACGAUUCAGAUCGAUAAAAAGCACUCGGCCGAAUUCAACACUGCCGAAAACACCAUGGAGAUGCAUUCCUUGCAGCAUUUGGCGUUCUUUUACAACAUUUGCCAUCAUGUGAUUCUGAUUCAAGACUGGUUUGCCGACUCCAACGUGCUCCGAUUGCUCCAAACUGCCGAAAUGCUGAAGCCAUCCUCUCCGGCCAAGACCUGUGAGAGCGAUGAAGGCUCCAAUCAGAUUGUGGAACAUUUUCCUGUUCUUAAUUUCGUGCAGAAUAAGGCUCAAAUGAACGAUUUUUCGCCCCAUCAAGAGAAGAAGAUGCGUGACUUCUACGGACGCGUCUUUAAGGACUCGCAACUUCAUCCGUCUCAGCCUUUCCUAGAGAUUUUAGGCGAGAAAAAGGAUGCCAAGAAGAGCGUUAAUCUCUACAUUCUGCCAGACUUUGACUUGGAAGGACCGACUAAUGUUGGCAAUCGGCCAUUCUCACCCGAAAUCAAGUACAAAACCAGUGUUGAUGCCAUGAGAAGAGCGAUCUUGUCUCAAAGCCGAAGACCCUUGACCAUAGUGAAGCAAACGGAAAGGACUUGGUUCCAAUUCGCCAAGGACUCGUGGGAAAACAUUAAGAACUCUUCCUUUUUUCUUGAAUAUAGUCGAUUAUUAUGGUCAAAUAAAUCUCAGGACCUUUAGUUUCUUG